AUGUCGAGGAUCACGAAGGAAUACAAAGUUAUACUGAAAACAUUGGCUAGUGAUGACCCUAUUGCCAACCCCUAUCGGGGGAUAAUCGAGUCGCUCAAUCCAAUUGACGAAACUGACUUGGGCAAAUGGGAAGCUAUGAUUUCUGGACCGUCAAGCACACCCUAUGAAAAUCACCAGUUUCGAUUACUAAUAGAAGUCCCUGCCUCCUAUCCGAUGACCCCACCAAAGAUAAGUUUCAAACAGAACAAUAUAUUGCACUGCAACGUAAAAUCUGCAACGGGAGAAAUAUGUCUGGACAUUCUUAAACCAGAGGACUGGACACCCGUAUGGGAUUUGUUACACUGCGUUCAUGCUGUUUGGAGGCUCCUAAGGGAGCCUGUUUGUGAUUCACCGCUCGACGUGGACAUGGGGAAUAUCAUUCGCUGUGGCGAUCUAAGUGCGUAUCAGGGGAUCGUGAGGUACUUCCUAGCUGAAAGAGAACGGACCCGCCACCACUGA